UUGAUUAUUUUUGACUUUUUAACCUUCACAAACGAGGAAGAUACGGAUUUAUCGCGCACGUCCGGGACGUCGCCCAUUCAUGUCGGUCUCAGCGGACAUGACGAAUUCGCCGGUCUUUCAGCAUAAAUAAAUCUCGAUCGUCAGUCGCACCGUGUUUGAUCCCGCGAUGACGUGUCCCCCCCGCGGUAUAUUAUUUAUGAUAUAAAUAUUUUUAUCAAUGAACACGCCGCGCAGUUGGUCGCGAAUCUAAUCUAAUCUGUCGCUGAACGAAUACGAUACUGACCACCGUACGUUACAGUGGAAUUUUACAGUUUUAUAAACGAUUAUUGCUACGUUUUUAUAGUCCGUUGCGGUCGCAGUUUGCGGCAGACCGCUUUAGACCGCUUUAGACCGCUACCAAGCCGGAAGUAAAACAAGAAGAAAAUACAAUGUUGGCUCUAUUUUUAGUAUUACUUUGUUCUCCAUUUAUUGUCGACGCAGUCAACCGAGACAACUUUAAAAGAUGCGAUCAGAGCAGUUUUUGUCGACGUUGCAGAAAGCAGGAACCUGGAAAGACACCAUAUCAACUUUUACCAGAAACUCUUAUACAGAAUGAAUUUAUGAUCACCAUAGAAUUAUAUAAUAAGGAUACAAAUAUCUUCUAUGUGGUGAAACUUAUCUCACUGAAGGAUAAUACAUUUAGGUUACAUGUUAAUGAGAAACACCCGCUACAUCCUAGAUAUGAAAAUGAAUAUGCACUUUAUGACCAGCCGCAAACAGUAAAAUUGGAUUCUGUGGAAAAGACUGCUGAGAGUAUAACAGUAACAAAGGGUGAAAAUAAAGCCAUUUUAUACAUUAAUCCAUUUAAGGUAGACUUAUACUCUCAAGGUGUUUUAGCAAUAUCAGCAAAUGCUCGCGGCCUUAUGAGAUUUGAGCAUUUGCGUACUAAACCAGUAAGACCAGAACAAAGUGAAAAUGCUGAAGCUGUGGAGAUAAAUAAUAGCACGUUUCCUGGUGAUGGUGCUGAUAAUGAUCCUGGUGCUUGGGAAGAAAAUUUCAAGGAACAUCAUGAUGCCAAACCAUUUGGGCCAGAGGCUGUUGCCAUGGAUUUCAGUUUUCCUGGAUCGGAAUACGCAUACGGUGUGCCAGAACAUGCUGAUUCAUUAGCAUUACGGUCAACCAAAUCUACUGAUCCAUACAGACUGUAUAAUUUAGAUGUAUUCGAGUAUGAAACAAAUGAACGUAUGGCUUUGUACGGCGCUGUUCCGGUUCUUUAUGCUCAUGGGAAGGAAAGAACUUCGGGUGUUUUCUGGCAUAACACAGCUGAAACUUGGAUAGAUAUUUUAUUAAGUGCAGACAAUAACGUUGUAGAAAGCAUCGUUAAUCUCGUAUCUGGAUCUAGUAAAAAGUCCCAAGUGGAUGCUCAUUUCAUGUCUGAAUCUGGAGUUAUCGAUGUAUUCUUUAUGUUAGGUCCAAAGCCAUUAGAUGUGUUUAGGCAGUACACAAUUUUGACUGGUACAGCUCCUUUGCCACAGAUGUUUACUCUGGGAUAUCAUCAAUCUCGUUGGAAUUAUAACGAUCAAGACGAUGUUGCAACAAUUGCCGAAAGUUUUGAUACACACGACAUACCUAUGGAAGUUAUGUGGCUUGAUAUCGAAUACACCGACAGUAAGAAAUAUUUUACAUGGGAUUCACGCAAAUUUCCAAAUCCUCUUGAUAUGAUACGCAAUCUUACUGCCAAAGGAAGAAAACUAAUAGUCAUUAUUGAUCCUCAUAUUAAACGUGAUAGCAAUUACUUUUUACACAAUGACGCCACCAGCUUGGGUUAUUAUAUUAAGAAUCGAGACGGUAAAGAUUACGAGGGUUGGUGCUGGCCCGGAUCCUCGUCGUAUUUAGACUUCUUCGACCCAAAGGUCUUUGAAUAUUACGUCGGCUUAUACAGUUUAGAUAAAUUCCAUGGUACCACCAACGAUGUUUACAUUUGGAAUGAUAUGAAUGAACCGAGUGUAUUCAACGGGCCCGAAAUAACAGCAUUAAAGGAUCUCGUUCAUUACGGAGGUUGGGAACACAGAGAUGUCCACAAUAUAAAUGGACAUAUGUACAUUCGGGCAACAUACGAAGCUCUAUUCCGUCGGUCAGGAGGUACCUUGAGACCCUUCGUCCUAACGAGAUCUUUCUUCGCUGGGUCUCAACGCUACGCGGCAAUGUGGACUGGCGACAACACGGCUGAUUGGAACCAUCUCCGUGCGAGUUAUCCUAUGUGUCUGUCGGUCGCUAUAUCAGGAAUAUCAUUCUGCGGUGCCGACGUCGCUGGUUUCUUCAAGAAUCCAGACUCCGAAUUAUUCAUCAGGUGGUAUCAAGCGGCAGUGUGGCUGCCUUUCCUCCGUCAGCAUUCUCACAUAGAAACAAAGAGACGAGAACCAUGGACAUUUAACGAGGAGACCACGCAGGUAGUUCGCGAGGCACUCAGACUGCGGUAUUCCUAUCUCCCAUUCUGGUACACUCUCUUCAGAGAACACGAAAUCAACGGUUCACCCGUUAUACGUCCUCUAUGGGUUCACUAUCCAUCCGAAGCGGAAACCUUCACCAUUGAUGAUCAUUUACUGCUCGGUGAUUCUAUACUUGUACGUCCGGUAUUCCAGUCAGGUGCCACGGAAGUGUCUAUUUACUUCCCAGGAGAGAGCAAGUUGGCGUGGUACGAUAUCGAUACGAUGCAACCUUACCAACAAGCAGGAUACGUCAAUAUGCCGGUAACGAUCCACAAGGUUCCUGUAUUCCAAAAGAGUGGUUCUAUUGUUCCACGAAAGAUGAGGAUACGACGUAGUACGGUCCCUAUGAAGAAUGAUCCUUACACGCUAAUAGUAAUCGCCGAUAAUAAUGGCAGAGCUAGUGGAAAUCUAUAUAUCGAUGAUGAAGCCAGUUUUGAAUAUCGUCAUGGAAAAUAUUUGUACCUAAGACUAAAUUUGACUGGCAAUAAGAUAACUUCGACCCUAAUAGAUAAAUUAGCUUCAUACGAGACACUAAGCUGGUUGGAAAGAAUAGAUAUAGCCAAUCCACCUCAAGGAAUCAAGUCUGCCCAGCUGGAAUCUCACAGUAUGGGAAAAGUAACUCUGGAGACUAAGUAUAAUCCAAAUAACAAUGUAUUAACGAUACGUAAACCAGCUGUAAAUAUGGGCGAAGAAUGGACUAUUGAAUUAUUGCGUUAGGAUUAUGAUUUCAUUCAUAAUCGAUUCAGUAAUCAUACUUGAUAAUGCCACUCUUUUUUAUUAUACAUACUAUACAUAUUUCAGCUGUGAUCCGGAUUAUUAUGUCUAUU